AAUGUCAAUAAAUUUUUAAAGUGAUGUCAAAUUAAAAUUACAAAUAAAUUAUUUCUUGGAGAUUUGGAAUUUGAUAAAAAAUUAAUUUGUUUCGUCUUUUCACUUUAAAAACUAAAGUUAUGAAGUAUAUUUCAGUUUCCUUGAUAUUAACUAUAUUUUUUGCUGUAUAUGUUAUCAAUACAAUAUGGACUUUAGCUGAAAUGUUUAUACCGCCGGAAUGUAGUCGUGGCGAUAAAUGUUUUCAUAACUAUUUGGCUUUAAAUCCAGUACAGCAUUUAGUGCUGUAUACUUCAGUUAAAAAGCAUCCCUAUGAAAAUGGAAUGUAUGAAGGGUCUGUCAAUAAAGUGCAUACUUCCCUUAAGUUUGACUACCAUAGUCCGUCAACAAUGACUUUGACAUUAAAAAUUCCCCGCAAGACGCGCAAUAAUGGAACCUUAUUUAUGCAUGCCGUACUAUUAGACGAACGAAGACUUUACGACGACUUUAUAGAUAUAUUUCGUUCUGAGUCUGUGCAUACAUUGUCGUUAAUUACAUACACUGAACCUGAAGCUGCAACAUUUAAUCUACUGCAAUCCAAAAGUAAAGGAGAGAAUAAAAAGGACAAACAUGUAAAGCCUUAUGCACACAUAGCUACAGUAGCACCACUGUCAAUUCUGGUGGAUAAUUUGCAUUUGCCUGCAGCCAAGAUACCAGGAGAAUUAUACCCUUAUAUGAGGAUUCGUGAUAAUUUGUUCCUGCCAAUCAUCCAACACAAUAUACUGAAAUCACGAAUAUCUCAUUUACAACUGUUAAACAGCAGUACUUCUGAAGUUAAUGUGACAGUUAACGUGUCACCCAUAUCAUACGGCUCAUUACGUUUAGCCAUACAUGUGCGUUUAGCAUUGGAACAAUUUCAUGUGUUGGGUUUUAGUGACAAGGAUGUUGACGAUGUUAAAGGAAUAUUUGCAGAUACAAAUUUGUAUUUGCUCUCUGCAACGGUUUUAAUUGCAAGUUGUCAUUUGCUAUUUGACUUUUUGGCAUUCAAAAAUGAUGUGUCGUUUUGGAGUCGUAAACAGACGUUUGCUGGAUUGUCUGUUAGGACUGUCUUCUGGCGCUCGUUCUCCCAGCUGGUCAUCUUCUUUUACCUACUGGAUGAGCAGACAUCCUUACUGGUGCUAGUACCAGCUGGUAUUAGUGCUAUAAUAGAGUUAUGGAAGGUGACGAAGGUGCUCCACCUACGCGCGUCGUGGGCCGGCUGGCGCGUGUGGCGCGUGCGCGUGUGGCGCGAGCGAGCGGACGCGGGCGAGCUGAGCACGGCGCGCGCCGACCAGGAGGCCAUGCGCUACCUGUCGCUGCUGCUGUACCCGCUGUGCAUCGCCGGCGCCGUGUACUCCUUGCUCUACGUCGCGCACAAGAGCUGGUACUCGUGGGCGCUGCACAGCGUGGUCAACGGCGUGUACGCGUUCGGCUUCCUGCUGAUGCUGCCGCAGCUGUUCGUGAACUACCGGCUGCGUUCGGUGGCGGCGCUGCCGUGGCGCGCCUUCAUGUACAAGGCGUUCAACACGUUCAUUGACGACGUGUUCGCGUUCGUGGUCACCAUGCCCGUCGCCCACCGCGUCGCCUGCUUCCGCGACGACCUCGUGUUCCUCGUCUACCUCUACCAGAGAUGGCUAUACCCUGUUGAUCAGUCUCGUACCGACACCGCGGCCAGUAUGGACGAGAACCCCAAUCAGUUGGAGCUAAGCAAGAAAAAGGAUGAAUAAUAAAUAUCCUUGCAAUGUAAAAAUAAUAGAUAAAUUUAAUUUAUACGUGUCGCGAGGCUAUGGUGCUAAUUAGCGCGCUAAUAUUUCCGAGCCCAGUGUCCCUUUUGUCUGUGCGUCGAUGUAAAAGGCGUGCACAUUCCAUAAUAUAUCUAUGGUAUAUAGCUAAGAAAUACGCUUAAAUAAAGAAAAAUCAGCAACUCUCAAAUUCUAUGACUGAACAGACUAUGUUCUCAAUUCAUUGCCUGUCCCAUAGAGACUGCAAAAAUGAAAUGAAAUAUUCGCAAAUUGUCUUAUCUUUCAGUUUAAUAAUUUAAAUAUUGCUGUAUCCCAUCUUUUGGACUACUAUUAAGUAGAAACUAAAAAAAAAACAAAAACUAAAUACUAAAAUACUAAAACAAUAUUGUAUGUAUCUAAAGCCUAAUUACUGACUAAUUAAUUAUUAUUUAUUGUAAUGCAUUUUAAAUGGACUGAGAAGAUUCUUUUUGUUCCUUCUAUAUCACUUCUACGACGCCACGUUCCUUGUAGUUGUAGUAAAUUAUAGAACUAAUUGUCUAUGGUUAGUAUAAAAUUUACAAAUGUUUAUAUUUGUUUAUGGAAAAAUUGUGUUGUGUAAUUGUUUUUAUUUAUAAAUAUUUAAUUUUUUUAGAUAAUAAAUAUGCUCUCGUACCUACAUUGUUGACGUGGAAAUUGCCUUAAACGACGCCAGUGGUCCUAGAUAUGCGUCAACACUCAUAUCGUGAAGGGAAAAAGAAUAUUGUCGACCAAUGCGAAAGAAUCCAAAAAGUCACUUGUCUUUCGUUGCGAUGGGUCUUAUUAUCUUCGCAAGAUUUUUCGCGGCAUCCUAGGCCUUCUGAAAUUCAUUCAAAGAUGGCAAAGCUGACACUUAAAGAUGUCUUGAAUUGUUAAAAAUAUCAUAUAUUUUAAAAUUUUCAACAUUUUAUUGACAAUACGAGCCAUAACGCUAUCGACCACGAUGGUCUAUAUUUUAUCUGUUUCAUGAUAUCACGUAAACCUUAACAAAACGUUUUGAUGUUUGAAAGAAUUUGUCUUUACAUACGUUUUGUGGAAAAAUUGUGUUGUGUAAUUGUUUUUAUUUAUAAAUAUUUAAUUUUUUUAGAUAAUAAAUAUGUUCUCGUAUAUUGUUGUCAUAUUCUCUUCGCAAGAUAUUUCGUGGCUUCCUAAGCCUACUGAACUCGGCCACGAUGGUCUAUAUUUUAUCUGUUUAAUAAUGUCAUGUAAGCCCAUAAACACUAAACCUUAACAAAACGUUUUAAUGUUUGAUAGAGUUAUCUAUUAGAUAUUAAUAAGUUUAAUUAUUCAAUGACAUCCAGUAACAUCGUGACGUCACAAAAUGGACGACAGCGUUUUUGACAUUUGGAAAAAUUUAUUAAAUACAUAAUUUUGAAAUUGAAUUCUCUAUGAGAACCUUUUAUUAAUUAAUAUCGAUAUAUUUCCAUGUCUACGAAAUUAAUAUUGUUUAUAUUAAAUUUGAUAGGAGUCAACUACGCUAUUGAGGCCUGAACAUAUUGUAUAGGUGAAUCUUUCCUGAAGUGUUUUUGGUUUUGUAUAUAAUUUGUGUAUGUUUUGUUCGUAAUGUUUGUAUUAAAUUUUUUUAAUUAAUUAGGUAGUUAAUUUUGAUAUUUCUUGAAAAAAAAGAUGAAUUCAUUAUUUUAUAUUAUAUUUUAUUAUCUACUAUUAUUAGUUUAAUGGCCUGCAGAUAAAAGUUACCAAAAUUUACAUUAUAAUGAUAAUAUUCUGUUUAAGAGUGUAAUAAAAGGAGAGACUGCUAUAGCCAGGCAUCUCUUUUAAUAAAGGUUGAAAGUUUGUACCUAUAUAUAGGUAAAGGACAUGUCCCGAAAUGGGCCUUUAUUAUUUAUAAUUUACAAGCGGGUUGGUAGUAUUUUUUACGGAUAGAAAAAACUUAUUGUUGUUUAAAAAAGAAUUUUCAGAAUUUUUGGAACCAGCAUUAAUUAAAUAAAUAUGUAUUUGUUUCGCUUCCUUGUCUACAAAUCAAACGUAGACCAUACAGAAAAAGUGUUCAAAACAGCCAAUAAAAAUAACUGAAAUUGAAUUCAUAUCCGGUGUAAGCUGUCAAUGUCAUGAAAUAUUGUCAAAUGUCAAUAAGAAACUUUAAAUCGUAAACAGAAAAGCAAGAAACAAAAAAAACCAUAAAUUGCUUUAGAAACGUCUUAUACGAACACGACUACGCGAAGAUCACUGAAAAUCUGUCAGGGUGUGAGUUACAAGCAUGUUGCCAUGGAUAAAAAUACUCAAUUAAUGUUGUCAGUUAAGGAAAAAAAUACAUUUUAUUUCAUUAAUAAAAAAAAGCAGGUUCCAAAAAAGUUUUUGUUCUUUUAAGAUAAAAAUAAUUUGUUCUGCCUAGUUGACUCUCGGAAUAAAGGCCCAGCCUCCAUACAUCUCCAAAAUUGGGACAUAUCCUUUCCUACAUAUUAUAGCUAAGUAUGGCAAUCAAUUCUGAAAGGGGAAUGCCCACCGGACAAUACAACGUCGGCCUAGGGAACCCAGGUAUGCCCCCACAUAAAAGUAUACGGAGAUGAUAAUAUGAUGUAUAAAAUAUAAGAAUCUGGUUAUUUUUUUUUAAAAGAAUAUUCGCCAUAUUUUUUGAAUAUGUUCAAUAUUCCCAUUCACCUCCAACUAUACUAAUAGCAUUAACAACUGAGUCUUAGGGCCAUAAAUCAUUUCUCUAUAUCUAUCUCGCUUGCACUUAUGGGUCUUAUGGAGCCGUCUAGUGAAGGGUGUAACAAUGAAAGACAUAUUAUCGAUAAGUAAAGUUUAUUAUCGUAUCUUGUUCACAAAAUUAAAAAAAUUAACAAUAUUUGAUUUAAUAUAAUACAUAUUUCAUAUUAUAUAAUUAUUAACUAAAUAAAAUUAAUCUUCAUCUGAGUCUUCAUCAUCAGAAUCUUCGUCUUCUGCCAAAUUUAUUAUAUAUUAGUAUCCAUAGUGCGCAACGAGUAACACAUGAAUGUAUUUAUUUAAUUGCAGUAAACACAUUUAUAGCAAAAAAAAUACGCAAUGCAAUUACAUUAGAAACCGACCAAUCAGAAUCGUCCAAAUCAUUAUUGACUCAUCAUUAGCACGUGCGCAGGUAGCCGUUUAUCGAUAAUUAGGGUGCGCAGGUAGGCGCGCUGCACAUUCCUAUCUUUUUUGACUUUUAUGACCGGACGACUCAGAUGAUAAUGCGCAUACUAUAGUUGGGAAAGACUGACGACAAUAGACCAACGGGGCGGGGAUCAAACCACCACCCCUCGGUGAUGAGUCCGACCGCUCUUACCGUUGACCUAUUGGGGCUCUAAAUUUUUAUAAAAGUAUGUUUUUUGAAGAAAACUUUUAAUUACUCUUCUUGAGAAGUUUGUGUACCAAAGCAGCGAAGUAACAUUCAAUGCUGCAUGUUACCAUCAAGCUUAACAAACAAGAAAACAAACACACAAACCAAUAAUAAGUCUUCAAAAAAUGUCGUAAAAUUCAGGCGACAGUCAACGAUCAUUGCUUGUCUCCGUUGGAGACAAAUUAAAAUUGAAUUGAUAAUGUCGUAAAACGUUGUAGCAAACUUUUUUUGAUGAUGUAAUGAUUUCAUUAUUAAGAUUGAAUUAUCAAGAUUUUUUAGAUGUAAGGCUGGUUUUGGAGUCACGCUGACAAGACGCUGACCGUCGACGCUGACAGACGAAAUGUAUGAACUCCUAGGGAGCGUUUCAGAUUAACGCGUAGCUAGCAAUGCCGACGGUCAGUGUGACUCUAAAACCAGCAUUAAUAAAUUGCUGGGUGGUUAGGGUAGGCCUGGGCCGGGGAUGGGCGUUCCCUUUUGGACUAGGGAAAGAAUCCAAACCAGGUCAUUCAAAAUUCAAAAAAAAAAAUGACAUUUUUCGAUCACUUCCCCAACCUUUCGUUGGAGACUGAAUAAGUUCUCUUUACAAAAAUCUUCAACGGUGUUUUUUCGAAGGGUUGCAGCGAGAACAAGUGGAGACACAAAAAAAAUAUAUUGCUUUAUACUUUGACGGUUGUGAGGGUAAUAAAGAAGAUAAAUUUAAUUUUAUAUGAUUUUUGCUUUCUGUUGUCUUCUUUAUUUAUAAACUAUAGCAAAUUUAAUAGCAUGUCAUAGUUACAUAUAAUACCUACGCAUUAAAAUAUGUCCGAAGUUUCCCUAAAAUAUCCAUUUGUAUCUUGGUCGCUUCAUGUUAAGUGUGCUUUAUUCAUUUAGUUAGUGAAAAAGUUGUGUAUUAUUUAUAUAAAAAUGAAAUGUUUUGUAUUGUAGUGUAUGGUAAAUUAAAAAUAAGCAUUCCUGAACACAGGGUUGUGCUCAAUAUUAAAAUAAAGAUGUUUACAUUUUUUA